AUGGGUAUAAUAACAGCCUCAAUAAUCGUCCUAACCAUCACCUGGAUCAUCCAUUUCGCGUUUCGGAAAGCGAAAUUCAUCUACGACAAACUUACCGUAUUCCAAGGGCCCGCAGCACUCCCCCUACUCGGAAAUUUUCAUCAAUUCCAUUUUUCGCCAGAGGAAUUUUUUGAGCAGUCUCAAGGGAUUGCCUAUAUGAUGAGAAAAGGAGAUGAGAGAAUCACACGUGUCUGGUUGGGUGGUCUUCCAUUUGUACUACUGUAUGGAGCCGAGGAAAUGGAGGCGGUCCUUGGGGCGCCAAAAAUGUUGAACAAACCCUUUUUGUAUGGAUUUCUGAGCGCUUGGAUCGGAGAUGGACUUUUGAUUUCGAAACCCGACAAAUGGCGUCCCCGUAGAAAGCUGUUAACUCCAACGUUCCACUAUGACAUUCUGAAAGAUUUCGUAGAAGUCUACAAUCGUCACGGAAAAACGCUCCUUUCGAAAUUUGAAAAUCAAGCGGAAUCUGGAAAUUAUGAAGACGUCUUCCAUACAAUCACCCUUUGCACCCUUGACGUCAUCUGUGAAGCAGCACUUGGAACAUCGAUAAAUGCUCAAAAAGACCCGAAUUCGCCAUAUUUGGAUGCGGUUUUCAAAAUGAAGGAUAUUGUAUUCCAGAGACUCUUGAGACCACAUUUCUUCUCGGAUACCAUUUUCAAAUGGAUUGGUAGAGGCGAGGAACAUGAUCAGUGUGUUAAGAUCCUCCACGACUUCACAUCAAAGGCCAUCUACGCUCGUAAGGCUAAAGUGGACGCAGCCGGUGGUGUUGAACAACUUUUGGCCCAGGAAACGGCCGAAGGACGGAGAAGAAUGGCAUUUUUGGAUUUGAUGUUGGAUAUGAACUCAAAAGGAGAACUUCCAAUGGAAGGCAUCUGCGAAGAAGUCGACACUUUUACUUUUGAAGGCCACGACACGACCUCCGCUGCCAUGAACUGGUUCCUCCACCUGAUGGGUGCAAAUCCAGAGAUCCAAUCAAAAGUCCAAAAAGAAAUUGAUGAGGUUCUAGGAGAAGCGGACCGCCCGAUUUCUUAUGAAGACUUGGGAAAAUUGAAAUAUCUAGAAGCCUGUUUCAAAGAAACCCUUCGCCUGUACCCCUCUGUCCCUUUAAUUGCCAGACAGUGUGUUGAGGAUAUCCAGAUCAGAGGACACACCCUUCCAUCGGGCACUGCUGUGGUCAUGGUACCAUCCAUGGUACACAAGGAUCCCCGCUAUUGGGAAGACCCGGAGAUUUUCAAUCCGGAACGAUUCAUCAGUGGAGAGCUGAAACAUCCGUAUGCCUAUAUUCCAUUCAGUGCUGGCAGCAGAAAUUGUAUUGGGAUGAGAUUCGCGAUGAUGGAGGAGAAGUGCAUUUUGGCGAUUUUGCUGAAAAAUCUGAAAGUCAAGGCAAAAUUGAGAACGGAUCAAAUGAGAGUGGCCGCCGAGCUGAUAAUUCGUCCACUGUUUGGAAAUGAGCUGAAAUUCGAGAGACGAGAAUUCGGAGACUAUAAACCGCUAAUUGACUAA